GGGCACGGAGGUGUUCCCCCUGCUCUCCUCUGCUCUCCACGACCCGUCGAUGUUCCCGAAGCCGCACGAGUUCGAUCCCGGCAAUUUCCUGGACGGGAAGGGGCAAUUCCAGAGGAACGAGGCCUUCCUGCCCUUCUCCGCCGGGAAGCGGGUGUGCCUGGGGGAGGGCCUGGCCCGGACCGAGCUCUUCCUCUUCCUCACGACGCUGCUGCAGCGGCUGCGGCCGCGACCCCUGGGACCCCCCGAGGAGGUGCCCACGACCCCCCUGCAGAGCGGCUUCGGGAACAUCCCCCCCGAUACCAGCUGAGGAUGGAGCCCAGAUGAGACCCCCGGGACCCCCCCGGGACCCCCCCGGGACCCCCCCGGGACAGGGGGACCCCCGGAGCAACGCCCGGACCCCUCCCCAUCACUGCGACCCCCCCGACAGGACCAGGACCACCCCCCAGGACCAGGACCCCCCCG